UUUCCCGCCCGAGAACAGUCGGUCAGGUUAGUUGGGCGUCCCGGCAGCCCUGGACGCACGUCUUUUCAGCCAAAAACGCGUCCCGUGACGAAAUAAUAACAGCUCGAACUUCAAAGUGCUUACAAGUGCUGAUAGCAAUGUAAUUAGUGAAACAAAGCGGAUUUUCUCUGAAAACAUGCACAAAUUUUACAAUUGCUCGUGAUAGUGACCAGGUUUGCAGCUCUACGAUAGAUCAACAGGUGUCAAGAUGAUGGAAACUGAUAAGAUGUCCACGGCCUCCUCAGUGGGUGCCGCGGAACGAAGGCCGCUGCUCCGGGCGUUGGUUAUCGAGAGACGUAUACUCUUCGCUUGCACCGUGCUGGUCGGCCUGUGCACUUUUGUAUGGAUUACUGCUGUUUGUACUGAGAAAUGGUUCCAUAUUGAAGGAGGCAGUGGUAUUUAUCUGGCUCCAAGCGGUGUGACUACUAAAGGUAGUUACUUCUUAUAUAGCGAUUCAGGAAUAUGGGAAAUGUGUAGGCAUGUGUUUUAUCCCAACGAAAUCCCAGCUAUAAAACAUAAUGCUACAACGCACGUACACACAACCCCAAGACCGUUCGACAUCACGGGCAUGAAGGGAGAGCCUGUUACAAAUUGCACAAACUAUUUAUCUACACCAUUAAUGAAGAAUGGAAAGCCUAUGGAUCCAGCUUACGAUAUAGAUAUAGCUAAUUACGUGCGAACAACAAUCUCCUUCGCCAUUAUCAGUCUGUUUGUAAUGGCGAUGGGGUGUGGUUUCUCCGUCUACACCUUCCGUAAUCCACGCUACAUGUUCAAACGGCUAGCUGCUGGCAUACACUUCAUCAGUACUUCGUGUACAUUCGUGGUUGUGCAAGUAAUGAUGUCAGCCGUAGAUCAUAUGAAGAAGAACUUGAAGUAUGUUUACCCACAUCCAGCCUACCAUUACUUUCACAUCAGUUUCUUCUUAGCGUGGUUCGUAGUACUAGUUAACCUUUUCGCUGCCGCCUCCUUUCUUUGGUACUCACGUAAGAGAAAAGGUGAUAAAGCGGCGACAGAUGAGCUUGCGAUGGCUGACGAGCCAACUAUCAUCGGUCGAUGACGCUGCAGGAAAAACUCCAUUAGACUCUUUUCGUCAAAUCGACAUUUCCUAAAGUCUCUUUUGAACAGUGCUCAAAUGACCAAUAGUUGUAAUUAUUAUGAAUGUCUUCCAUAUACAUUUUUAAUACAACUGCUUGGGUUGCAGUAUUCAAAUCUGCGAGUGUUCCGUUAGUAACUGUGAACAUUUUAAACUGAUAUGUACAACUCGCUAUCUUUGUUUUAUGCCUUGUUAAUCUUAUAGGUAAUCGUCUUGUUUAUUAUUAAUGUUGUUUUUUCAUUUCUCGCUUGAAAUGUUAUGAUAAGGGAUUAUAUUUACAUUGUGUAUGUUUUUUAGACUUAUAAGAUU